AAAAAAUAUACAAAGUAGUUAGCCCAACAAGACUACAAAUGGAAUAGCCCAGUUCUCUGCUUUCGGCUACAAAAUCCUACAAGUGUAAAGAGGAAAAAAAGCAGAAAUAUAACCAAUUUCUGCAGCAAGUGAAAUAGAUUUGAAAGUAAGCAAAGCUUGCAUAAAAAAGCUUUUGCGCUAGAGCUUUAACGGUGCUGCUGGCCAAGCUCUCUCAAGAUCAGCUGUUUCUCCAUGCCGAGCAUGCGGUGCACUGCGCUGUGAAUGGCAAACACAACAGCUGAUCGCAGCGUGGCAGAGCGAAAAAGUGGAAAACUCUCUUAGUUUUAUCGAAAUCGGCGCACUUUCCCUCGAUUUCUGCGGUGUUUUGGUGCAAAACGACUGUCAGCCGGUUCUAAAAGGUGUAAAACUAACUGAAAGUGACUGAUUUCGCAACUAAAUCUGCCAAAUUAAUCGUUAAAAACGGGGGGAAGUCCCCUUUAUGCAACACCGAUCUUCAACCAACUUGCAACUUUGAUGGGUUUUAUGCAAGGUUCCAAAAGUCUGGCAUUUUCUUUGGUAAAAAACACAGUCGGAAAAAGAACUAGAGUUGCACUGUUGUCCAGAUUUUGUGGCACUUUCGCUGGCAAAAUGGAGAAGGUUUACUUCAGAAACGCAAGUGAUAGCAAGGAACUGGACAUUGUGUUUCGCUUUGUGAAUGCGAACUUGAAGAUAGACCGGGAAUUCAAUUUCCGUCGCCAAAUGAACGAGCCCAUCGAUGCGAUUCUGGCCCGGAUUCAGAGCAAUAUUCAAAGCAGGCUGGCCAAGUCGUGCAAGAAACUGAAAACAAAACCACCCGCCGAAAUCAAUGUUAAACUCCUGAACAGCAGUUACGAUGGCAAACUAAGUGAAUUGACCUUUGGCGAUCUACUCGCCCAGGAUGUCAGCAACGUGAAGCUGCAGGUGCUGGACACAGUCUACGAUUUGGUGUUCAAUCCGCCGUGGAUUUCAGCCCUUAAGUUGCCCUCGUGUAUAUUGGCGGGAUUCGUUACCUAUCCGACCAAUGUGCAGAUACAAUUCGGAGAACGCCAGUUCAGCAAAGCAGUUUGGUCCAAGGCCAAGAGACCCACCGACGUCGAUUGGGCGGUGUGCGGAGAGGGAUUUCAGUAUCUGGUGGCGCCGGAGGACGUUGGUUACCAUCUGAAGUUCGUGGUAACGCCGGGAAAUGCACAGGGAGUGGCUGGUCCGGUGGUGGAGAAGAUAUCCAACUCGGCGGUGCUGGAAUCUCCCGGAUCCUGUCCAUUCCAAGAUCGCCACAGGCACACACCGAACUCUUUGAGCGCACCCCAUGAGAUGCGGGUGGUGUCCUACAAUCUGUUGGCCGAUCUGUAUGCCAGUAGUGACUAUGCCGGCAGCACUCUGUUCUCCUAUUGCCCAGCAAAGUAUCUGCAAAUGGACUACAGGAAACCGCUCUUCAUCAACGAGAUCAUCGGCUACAACGCCGAUAUUCUCUGCCUACAAGAGGUCGAUCAGCGGAUAUUCGACUUUGAUUUAAAGGAAAUCCUGGAACAACCUCCGUAUAACUAUCACGGCGUAAUGGCCCCCAAGGGCAAAUGUGCCGAGGGAGUGGCCAUUUUCUAUCGGAACUCGCGCUUUGAGCUCUUGGACAGCCAGGUUCUGCAUUUGGGAUCCAACAUCCCCGUACUGCCCGUGUUUGAAAGCCUCUGGAAUAAGGUCAAAGUUAACGCACAAUUAGCAGAACGAAUCUGUGAUCGGUCCACCACUCUGCAAACUUGUUUGCUCAGGAUCAAGGACACCGAUAACUACGUGCUGGUGGCCAACACGCAUUUAUAUUUCCAUCCGGAUGCAGAUCACAUUCGACUGCUGCAAAUGGGAUUUUCCAUGCUCUUUGUCGAGCACUCAGUUAGCAAAGCAUUGAAGGACUUUAAUAUUAGUAGCCCCAAGAACAUUGGACUGAUAUUUUGUGGCGAUUUUAAUAGCGUUCCCGAGUGUGGAAUCUACAAGUUGAUGACGGAGCAGCUCGCGGAAAGAACUCUGGAGGAUUGGCGAAGCAAUUCCGAGCAGGCUGUUUCGAAUGUCGAGCUCUCACAGCCAUUUAAAAUGGGGUCUGCUUACGGGGCACCGGAGUAUACACACUACACCACCCUGUUUUCGGGUUGCUUGGACUACGUAUUCUACCAAAACGAUCGCUUCGAGUUGCUGAAGGUGGUUCCACUGCCAACAGAGGAGGAGCUGAAAGCCAACGCUGCGAUACCAUCGGCUGUUUUUCCAUCCGAUCAUGUGGCUCUUGUAGCCGAUCUUAAGUUUAAGUCAGAUCCUUAAAUUUGGGUACUGCAUAAUGCAUUUAGAAUAUCUCGGGGAUUUCUCAGCAUAAAUAAAUAUAUUAGAAAGCCAAAUACUAUGCUUAAAUGUAAUGCGAUACGAUACUUGCGACACUUCUAAAUAUACACUCUUCUUUAUUUACAAAGUAACAAAUAAGUAAUAUUUGUCCCUUUUAAGAAUGGGAAAUAAACAAAUAACUGCGUAGAUUUAAGCGAGAGUAGAACAAGGAAAAUAAACCGAAAUAAAUUGCGGAAUGAAGUGACAA